AUGGUUUCACAAAACCAUGCAGAUCAGGAAAAAGGCCCCGAGGUCACAUUAACGCCCAAAGAAGACUAUGCGCAACGACCAAAGUGCUUCAAUUCAACCAUCCAGGAAUGUCUGUUCGUCCUAACAGCCACCAUGGCUAUCGGUCAGCAAUCCUUUUUCCAAGGUUGCAUCGUGGGCGUGACUGCAUCCAUUGGAUCAGAUCUGAAUAUGAACUCCGCUGAAAUCACCUGGAUCAAUGCUGGUGCCUCCCUCAGCAGCGGCGCCUUCCUACUAACAUUUGGUAAACUAGCCGACAUGUUCGGCCGGAAAGCUCUUUUCAUCAUUGGCAUGGCCGGCUUCACCCUCUCCCUGCUAAUAGCUGGCUUCGCCACAAACGCCAUCUACAUGGACGUUUUCUCCGGUAUUCUGGGACUCUUCGCAGCGGCAGUGAUCCCGCCUGCUGUCGGGACCCUGGGGGCUGUGUAUGAGAAGCCGUCGAAGCGGAAGAAUCGUGCAUUUGCCUGCUUUAGUGCGGGUAAUCCCCUGGGCUUUGUGGGUGGUAUGAUUAUAUCUGGUGUUGCGUCAAAUGAGUAUAACUGGCGGGCUUCGUUUUGGGCUCUUGCGGUUGUUUAUGCUAUUUUUACGGCUUUGACGGUGUGGACUGUUCCUGUUGAUGGGUUUGCGAGGACGCCUCUUAGUGUUGAGGCAUUCAGGAAGUUUGAUCUUCUUGGGACGGCUUUGGUUAUUGUUGGGUUUGCGUUCUUUUCUAGUUCGCUUUCACUUGCGGGUGAUGCGCCGGAUGGCUGGAAAACUGGAUAUGUUCUUGCUCUAUUUAUUGUUGGCUUUUUCUUGCUGGUUGUAUUUCUGUGGUGGCAGUCUGUUGCGACAAAUGCUCUGAUGCCAUUGGGGAUUUGGAAAGAUCGGAAUUUCUCCCUUAUCAUGGCAAUCUUCUGUCUCGGUUUCAUGGGUUUCUCCGCCGUCACUUUCUACCUAUCCCUCUACCUUCAAGAUGUCAAACACCUCACGGCGUUGGAAAUUACCGCACGUUUAAUGCCAAUGGUAGUCAGCGGUGUCACAGUCAACGUCAUCUGUGGUUUGAUCCUCCACCGAGUCAGCAAUAGUGUGUUGACCGGUAUCGGUGCACUAGCAUAUACCGCCUCGUUCCUCAUUUUAAGCUUCAUGAAAGAAGAUUCGCUCUACUGGGAAUACAUAUUCCCAGCCCUGAUACUUGUGGUCGUUGGUGCUGAUAUCCAAUUCAACGUUACAAAUAUGUACGUCAUGUCAUCGCUGCCACCCGGUCAGCAAUCAAUCGCCGGUGGAAUCUUCAACACAGUCAGCAAGCUAUGCUCCAAUCUGGGCCUUGGCAUCGCUACCUCCAUCGAGAGUUCCAUCGCCAAUAAGAUGACUGCUUCUACACCGGCUAUUAGGCCUUAUCUAACUGUCUACUGGUAUGCUUCUGCAGCGGCCGGUGCUUCCCUUUUCCUGGUUCCUUUCUUGACCCUAGGGACCCAGGGUGGAGAUAAACCUAGUGAUGCCGAGGAUGAGAGUCUAGACACGAAGCUGGAGGAGACGAAGGUCAUCAUUGAUGCUAAUUCUGCGCCUGUCGCUCCUGGAACCGAGAUUCUUUCCCAGACGUCGGCCGUGGAGGUUGUGGAAGAGCGUUGA